AUGAACCACGACGAAGGUGAAAGGCCCGAUGUUGGCACAAUAACUGGCGAUGAAGUGGCAAAGCACAAUUCGCGAGAUUCGUGUUGGGUCAUUGUACACGGCAAAGCAUACGAUGUGACAGAAUUCCUGCCAGAGCACCCCGGUGGUCCCAAGAUCAUCCUGAAGUAUGCGGGCAAAGAUGCUACUGAGGAGUUCGAUCCCAUUCACCCCCCAGAUACUUUGGACAAGUAUCUGCCGAAGGAGAAACAUCUGGGGGCUGUGAACAUGGAGACGGUUCAGCAAGAAGAGAAGGAAGAGAGCCCGGAAGAGCAGGCAAGGCAGGAGCGCAUCAAGAAUAUGCCACCUCUGGAAGCAUGCUACAACUUGAUGGAUUUCGAAAGUGUCGCCAGACAUGUCAUGAAGAAGCCCGCGUGGGCGUAUUACAGCUCUGGUGCCGAUGACGAAAUCACCAUGAGAGAAAACCAUUCGGCCUUCCACAAGAUCUGGUUCAGGCCAAGGGUACUCGUUGAUGUUGAGAACGUAGACAUCAGCACAACCAUGCUCGGCACGAGGUGUGACAUCCCCUUCUAUGUCACAGCCACCGCUCUGGGCAAACUGGGAAACCCAGAGGGUGAGGUCGUUCUCACGAGAGGUGCAAGGAAGCACAAUGUCAUCCAGAUGAUUCCGACUCUGGCCUCGUGCAGCUUUGACGAGAUCUGCGAUGCCAAGGAAGGCGACCAAUGUCAAUGGCUGCAACUAUACGUCAACAAAGACCGAGCGAUCACGGAAAAGAUUGUCAAACAUGCCGAGGCUCGAGGCUGCAAAGGCCUUUUCAUCACCGUCGAUGCUCCCCAGCUCGGACGAAGAGAAAAGGAUAUGCGUAGCAAGUUUGACGACACCGGCUCCAACGUCCAGAACACGAGUGGGGAGAACGUUGACCGAUCGCAAGGUGCGGCCCGAGCUAUUUCCAGCUUCAUCGACCCCAGCCUCAGCUGGAAAGAUAUCCCCUGGUUCUUGAGCAUCACCAAGAUGCCCAUUAUCCUCAAGGGUGUCCAACGGGUAGAGGACGUCCUCAAAGCCAUCGAGGCUGGCGUGCACGGCGUUGUGCUUUCCAAUCAUGGCGGUCGCCAACUGGAUUUUGCCCGCUCUGGCAUCGAGGUUCUUUCCGAGGUCAUGCCUGUUCUCCGUGAGCGAGGCUUGCAGGACAAGAUCGAGAUCUUCAUCGACGGAGGUGUCCGCCGUGCAACGGACAUCAUCAAGGCGUUGUGUCUCGGUGCCAAGGGUGUGGGUAUCGGUCGACCGUUCCUCUUCGCGAUGUCGUCCUACGGUCUGCCUGGCGUGGACCGCGCAAUGCAGCUUCUGAAGGAUGAGAUGGUGAUGAACAUGCGCCUCAUUGGCGCGUCGAAGGUUGAAGAUCUGACGCCCGACAUGGUUGAUACCGCCGGUUUGAGGACCCACACGGCCAUCGUCCCCCAGGAUACACUUGGCAUCCGUGCUUACGAUCCACUGAUUACUCCGAACGAGAUGCUGAAGGCAAGACUGUGA